CCGCGGCGAGCGGCGGCGGUGCCGGGGAGCCGCGCGGGGCCCGUGCGAGUGCCGGCGCCGGCCAUGGGCGUGUGCGUGCGUGCUGUGCUGCGGGUGCUGGUGCUGCAGGCGGCCUGGGCUCUGGGCGGCGGCCAGCUGCGCUACUCGGUGCCGGAGGAGGCCGAGGGCGGCACGGUGGUGGGUCGCCUGGCGCAGGACCUGGGCCUGGAGGCGGGCGAGCUGGAGGCGCGUCGGCUGCGGCUGGUGGCGAAGGGCCGGCGGGCGAGCGUGGAGGUGAGCGGGGCGAGCGGGGCGCUGGUGGUGAGCUCGCGGCUGGACCGGGAGGAGCUGUGCGGGAAGAGCGCGCCGUGCGCCCUGCGCCUGGAGGUGCUGCUGGAGCGGCCGCUGCGCGUCUUUCACGUGGAGCUGGAGGUCACCGACAUCAACGACAACGCGCCGCUCUUCCCCGCCGCCCGCAAAAACCUCAGUGUCGCGGAAUCCUUAACGCUGCCGGGCUCGCGCUUCCCGCUGGAGGGCGCGUCGGACGCAGAUAUCGGAGCCAACGCGCAGCUCUCCUACAAACUCAGCCCGAGCGAGCAUUUCGCUCUAGAAGUGAUAUCUAAAGACGUAAAGAAAACAUCCGUAGCACUCGUGGUAACGAAGGCUCUGGACCGGGAGGCGAUGCCUGUGCACCGGCUGCUGCUGACGGCGAGUGACGGGGGCAGACCGUCGCUGUCGGGCACCAUGGAGCUGGUGGUCUCGGUGCUGGAUGUGAACGACAACGCGCCCGAGUUCAACCAGUCGGUCUAUAAAGUGCAGUUACCCGAGAAUUCACCUCCGGCAAUGGUGAUUCUUCACCUAAGAGCGGCAGACAAGGACGAGGGAAUUAAUCAAGAGGUUUCUUAUGCCUUUAGCGACACUACUGCUGCCAAAGUGAAGGAUCUGUUCAGAAUAGACGCGAAAUCAGGGGAACUAAGUACUGUAGGGAAACUGGACUUUGAGGACGUAGAAUCGUAUGACCUGGAGAUCGAAGCGAGAGACAAGGGUUCUCCUUCGUUGUCGGGACACUGCAGAGUGGAGCUGGAGGUGCUGGACGUGAACGACAACGCGCCGGAGGUGUGGGUGACGUCGCUGUCGGUGCCGGUGCCGGAGGACGCGGCGCUGGGCACGGUGGUGGCGCUGCUGAGCGUGUCGGACCGGGACUCGGGGGCGAACGGGCGCGUGCGGUGCGCGGUGUGGCCGGCGGCGCCGUUCGGGCUGGUGGCGACGUUCGAGGGCUCGUACUCGCUGGUGCUGCGGGAGGCGCUGGACCGAGAGCGGGUGGCGGAGUACGAGGUGGAGGUGCGGGCGGAGGACGGCGGGGCGCCGCCGCUGCGCGCCAGGCGCGGGCUGCGGGUGCCGGUGUCGGACGUGAACGACAACGCGCCGGCGUUCGCGCAGGCCGUGUACACGGUGCUGGCGCGGGAGAACAACGCGGCGGGCGCGGAGCUGGCGCGGCUGUGGGCGCGGGACCCGGACGAGGCGGACAACGGGCGCGUGAGCUACUCGCUGGCGGAGGGCGUGGCGGGGGGGGCGUCGCGCUCGGCGUCGAGCUACGUGUCGGUGGAGGCGGAGAGCGGGCGUCUGUGGGCGCUGCAGCCCUUGGACUACGAGGAGGUGCAGGUGCUGCAGUUCGAGGUGCGCGCGGUGGACGCGGGGGAGCCGGCGCUGUGCGGCAACGCCACGGUGCAGCUCUUCGUCGUGGACGAGAACGACAACGCGCCGGCGCUGCUGCCGCCGGCGGGCGGCGGCGCGGGGCCCUGGGCGGGCGGCGCGUCGGGGUCGGCGUCGGCGGGGCCGUCGGCGUCGGCGUCGCUGUGGGCGUGGGCGGCGUGGGGGUGGCCGGCGGGGCAGGUGGUGGCGAAGAUCCGCGCGGUGGACGCGGACUCGGGCUACAACGCGUGGCUGCGCUACGAGCUGCGGGAGCCGCGGGGCAAGGGCGCGUUCCGCGUGGGGCUGUACAGCGGCGAGGUGAGCACGGCGCGGGCGCUGGAGGAGGCGGACGGCCCGGGGCAGACGCUGCUCAUCGUGGUGCGGGACCACGGCGAGCCGGCGCGCUCGGCCACGGCCACGCUGAGCGUGUCGCUGGGCGAGGGCGGCGAGGCGGCGCUGGCGGCCGGCGCGGGCUCGCCGUCGCUGGGGCUGCGGCCGGCGGCGGGCGCCGAGGGCGGCGGCGGUGGGGCGGCGGCGACGGCGACGAACGUGUGGCUGGUGGUGGCCAUCUGCGCGGUGUCGAGCCUCUUCCUGCUGGCGCUGGUGCUGUACGGGGCGUGGCGGUGGGCGCCGCGGGCGGCCGUGCUCUCGGGGCCCGGGCCGGCGACGCUGGUGUGCGCCAGCGAAGUGGGCAGCUGGUCGUACUCGCAGCGGCAGAGCCGGAGCCUGUGCGUGGCGGACGGCGCGGGCAAGAGCGACCUCAUGGUUUUCAGCCCCAACUUCCCGCCGCCCGCCGGCGGCGCGGCGAAGGAGACGCCGCAGGAUCCGCCCGCUCUGCUGGACACGGUCAGUGGCACUUUCUUUUCUCCUCCCCUCCCACCCUUCCGCCUGCCCUGA